UCAGUGAAGCAUUUUAAAUUUGGCGCUUAUUUGAUCCUAGCUGGUCAGUGUUCCAAGUAUGGCCGCGAUGUAAACAACACUGUGCUGGUUUUUAUUUAGUUUUAGUGAGAAAAAGUGAUUAAAAGGAAAUGGGAAAGGUUAAAGCUGUUGAUCCAAGAAAAUGGACUGAAAAAAGUAUGCAGAAGGCGGUGGAGGAUGUAAUAAAUAAGAAAAUGGGAGUAAAUGAAGCGAGUCGUUUAUAUGAAAUACCUUCGCGCACAUUGCGAAGACACAUCCUCAAGGGUUGGAGGUGUAAGCAGAGAAUUGGAAGACCUUCUGAAUUGGGAUAUGAGAACGAACUAAAACUUGUAGCUCACAUUAAAAAGCUUGAAUCCAUCGGAUUUCCCUUGGAGCCAUCGAGACUGCAGUCUAUAGCUUACGACUUUGCUGAAAAUCUUCGAUUGCCACAUCGAUUCAAUAAUGAGAAGAAGUCAGCAGGCUGGGAUUGGUUUCAAGGAUUUAUGAAGCGUCAUCCAGACCUGAGUAAACGUAAAGCAGAAGGCCUGUCAUUGGCAAGAGCUAGUGGUAUGAAUAGACAGGAUGUCGACAAAUAUUUUGAAAUGUUGUUGAAGGUAUUGACUGAUAACGAUUUGAUUAGUAAACCAGAAAGAAUCUACAACAUGGACGAAAGCGGAAUACAAGUUAACAACAAAAAGUAAGUAAAAGGAAGCAAUCUGUUAAGGUUUUGACAUCAAAAAUUCAUUUGACAACUCGUAAACUGUUUGAAGACAAAAAAAAAAUACAGGAGAAAAAACGUAAGAAGACUGUUGUGAGGGAUUUAUCAUCGUCAUCAGAAAGUGAAGUAGAGUUGCAGCUUAGUGAAUCUAGCGAAGAAUGUUCUGAUGAAAAUGAAAACACAUGUGUAGAAUGUCACGAGAAUUACUACCGUACCAAGAAGAAGAGCGAAUGGAUUCGAUGUUUGCAGUGCUCUGGCUGGUUACAUGAAGACUAUACAAGUUAUAGAGAGAAAUGCAAUAACUGCGGUACCAAAGAAAAAGGAAAA